CUCCGGCUAGCCCGGACCCCGGCCCGUCCAUGCUGUCCCGCCUGCUGAAGGAGCACCAAGCGAAGCAGAAUGAGCGCAAGGAGCUACAGGAGAAGAGGAGGCGAGAAGCCAUCAUUGCUGCGACCUGCCUGACCAAAGCCUUGGUGGACCACCUUAAUGUUGGUGUGGCCCAGGCCUAUGUCAAUCAGAGGAAGCUGGAUCAUGAGGUGAAGACCCCACAGGUCCAGGUGGCACAGUUUGCCAAGCAGACAGGCCAAUGGAUUGGCAUGGUGGAGAACUUCAACCAGGCACUUAAGGAAAUCGGAGACAUGGAGAAUUGGGCUCACAGCAUUGAACUGGACAUGAGGACAAUUGCCACAGCUCUGGAAUAUGUCUACAAGGGCCAGCUGCAGCCUGCCCCCUCCUAG